AUGUUGCACAUUCCGGAACCAGUUCCGCACGCGGAAUCAGUUCCACCAAUUCCGGAAUCCCUCCAACCUAAUUCCCAAAUUCCUUCAAGUAAUUCCGGAAUUUCUUUAACUAAAUCCGAAACUCCUCCAACUAAUUCCGAAAUUGUGUCCGAGACGGAAUCGGUAGGAAUUCCCGCGAAUUCCAUCUAAUUCCCACAGAUUCCGGAAUUGCUAGGAAUUCCGUCCAAUUCCCACCGAUUCCGUAUUUCACGGAAUUCGGUCGUCUUUGGAAGGG